AUGUCGAGUCGACUACCACCCGAAACCGCCCCUGAUGGCGGUUUCGCGCCAGACGAGUCUCAAUACUCCUCCAUUGUGCACGCCUCCACCACCCAGCCACGCCGGGACAGCGAUCUGACUCGGACUGCCUCGAUCAGCCGCCCAAUGACUGCUCUCGCCAAUGCAUCGCGCGCCCGCCGUGGCAGCCAGGCCAGCACCGGCUCCCGCUACGAGGCCACCAAGGCCCGGCGGGAUCCCGAUCUCGAUAUCAACCUGCCCUACCGCACCCUGAGCACCACCGCAAACAUGGAUGAAUACCGCCGCGAGGUGCCUGGUGGUGAGAUGGUCGGUCCCGAAGAGCCCCCAGAGUUCGCUGCUGAGGCCGAACGUGCAUCGUUGGCCGCCGGUCGUGCGCCCACCAAUCAGUCUCGCCGUUUCCGUCUUGUCGCCUUCGAGCCAAAUGACCCGGGAAACCCGAAGAACUGGAGCAAGAUUUUCAAGUGGUAUAUCACCAUGGUCGUUGCUGUUACCUGUUUCGUCGUGGCUUUCGCUUCCAGUGUCGUCACUGCUGACAUCAGCGGUGUGAUGGCCACGUUUGACGUUUCUGAGGAAGUGGUUCUGUUGACUAUCACCCUAUUCGUUAUCGGCUUCGGUGUUGGUCCCAUGGCCUUUGCUCCCCUGUCCGAGGUCUACGGUCGCAAGAUCAUCUACGUUUCCACCUUGCUGGUCGCAGUCGUCUUCAUCAUUCCCUGCGCAGUUUCCAAGAACAUUGGUACACUGCUUGUCUGCCGUUUCAUCGACGGUAUCGCUUUCUCCGCACCCAUGACACUCGUCGGCGGCACCCUUGCGGACAUGUGGCGGAAUGAGGAGCGUGGUGUCCCCAUGGCUGCAUUCUCUGCCGCGCCCUUCCUUGGCCCUGCCAUCGGUCCUCUUGUCGGUGGCUAUCUGUCUGACGCCAAGGGAUGGCGCUGGCUGUACUGGCUGCAGCUUAUCCUUGCUGGCUUUGUCUGGUGUCUGCUUACCUUCACCGUCCCUGAGACAUAUGCGCCCAAGAUUCUCCUGGAUCGCGCCAAGAAGAUGCGCAAGGAGACUGGCGAGCUUGACUUUGUCACCGAGCAGGAGCUGGACACGCGCCCUAUGUCGGAACGUCUCAUGGUCUUCAUUGCCCGUCCGUUCCAGCUUCUCUUCACGGAGCUGAUCGUCUUCCUGAUCUCUCUCUAUAUGUCUGUCCUGUACGGUCUUCUGUACAUGUUCUUCGUUGCCUUCCCCAUUAUUUACCAAGAGGGCAAGGGCUACAACUCUGGCAAGACUGGCCUGAUGUUUAUCCCGGUUGCCGUUGGUGUCAUCGCGUCUGCUGCAUGCUCCCCUUUCGUCAACAACCACUACAUUAAGAUGUCGCAUAAGUACAAUGGCAAGCCGCCAGCCGAGAUCCGGCUGAUUCCCAUGAUGUUGAGCUGCUGGUUCAUUCCCAUCGGUCUCUUCAUCUUCGCGUGGACUUCGUACACCGACAUCUCUUGGGCUGGUCCCGCUAUGGGUGGCUUCCCUGUCGGCUUCGGCUUCAUUUUCCUGUACAACGCCGCCAACAACUACCUAGUCGACUCUUACCAGCACCAGGCUGCUUCUGCACUAGCAGCCAAGACCUGCAUUCGGUCCUUCUGGGGUGCCAGUGUCGUCUUGUUUACUGAGCAGAUGUACCAUCGCCUGAAUGACCAGUGGGCCGGAUCUCUUCUAGCCUUCAUCAGUCUUGCAUGCUGUGCCAUCCCCUUCUGCUUCUGGUUCUUCGGUGCCCGCAUUCGGCAGCGGUCGAAGUAUGCCUACAGCGGUGACGACGAUGAGGAGCCGACCAAGUCUGGUGGCAGCGACUCCGACCCCGAAAAGGCUGAACCUGCUCACUAA